UUCCUCUCCCGGAGACCUCGGUUUUGCACGAGCCGGCCUUGAAAUCAGAGCCUUUCCAGCAGCUCCGGGAGCGUGUGCUCGGCGACCGCGGGCUUGGCCAGCGGCGCGCGCUCGGCGCCCGGCGCCCGCCCCCCCCGCCCCCCGCCCCGCGCCCCCCGCCCCCAGCCCCAAGCGCGCCGGGCGGGCGCCAUGGAGGAGGGCUCCAGCUCGCCCGUGUCCCCCGUGGACAGCCUGGGCACCAGCGAGGAGGAGCUCGAGAGGCAGCCCAAGCGCUUCGGCCGGAAGCGGCGCUACAGCAAGAAGUCGAGCGAAGAUGGCAGCCCGACCCCGGGCAAGCGCGGCAGGAAGGGCAGCCCGAGCGCGCAGUCCUUCGAGGAGCUGCAGAGCCAGCGCAUCCUGGCCAACGUGCGCGAGCGCCAGCGCACCCAGUCGCUGAACGAGGCCUUCGCGGCGCUGCGCAAGAUCAUCCCCACGCUGCCCUCGGACAAGCUCAGCAAGAUCCAGACGCUCAAGCUGGCCGCCAGGUACAUAGACUUCCUCUACCAGGUCCUGCAGAGCGACGAGAUGGACAAUAAGGUGGCCAGCUGCAGCUACGUGGCCCACGAGCGCCUCAGCUACGCCUUCUCCGUGUGGCGCAUGGAGGGCGCGUGGUCCAUGUCGGCCUCCCACUAGCGCCGCGCCACCCACGUCCGGACCCGCGCGCCAGGGCUGUCCUGCGGGGCCGAGGCCCAAGUGGAAUCGGGGCACCUCCACGUCUGUCACUUCUGACACCUGUGCAACCUCAAGGGGCCCAGCUCUGCUCCCGGCACAGCGUCCAGACACGGGGACAGCAGCGGCUUGGAUAGAGGACCCCGGGCCGCACACCUCCUCCCCCGAGACGGUCCCUGCUGGUGACAUGGUCAUUAUCGUCCUUGCCACUGUUUGGAUUUUCCUUCUGGGUUUUUUUGUUUUUUUUUUUGGCGGGGAGGGGGGAUUUGUUCUUUCUGAAAAUCUCUAGAUUCAGGAACGUAUUUACAAGGAUUUAAAUUUUGGAUUUGUAUUUCCCUCUAAGUGCCUUUUUAAUGUAUAUUUUUUUAAUAAAACAGAAAUGCAUUCCUGUACAACUCUGUUUAAACUGGACCAAGGCUCUCAGACAAAGAACCUCGCAUGCCCCCCCCCCCGCCCCCCACCCCAGCCUCUGCAUGAUCGUUCCAAGCAAGCCUGGACUCCUUCUCACCCCUCGCCUCUCUCUCUCUCUCUCGUGAUUUGCUCAGCUAACCAUUUUUUAAAAUAUUUUCUGUUUCAGUGUAUAUGUUGCUUAUUUGUUUUAUUUAUUGAGAUGUUUUUAACAAGCUCGGUGACUGCAACGUGGCUGUGUACCCUGCCCCCUCCCAGGAAUAAUAAAGAUGUCCCUGCAGCCCGGCCUUCCCUCUCCUCUUCUGUACUUCGCAGCAAGGAAUCGGCCCGAGAAACGUGAACCAGGUCACAGAGUUGACCACUGCUUCGCUUUAGAAGGGACAAGAGAGGGUGUGAGGCAGUGUGCCACGGGUAGUCGUACAACUUUCUAGAAGCUGCCAUCCCUGACGUGGUGCAGAGGGCUAUGGACGCAGGCCUGGGAAAGCGGGUGAGGCUGGCCUGGGCCCCUCCGUGCGUCUGGCCUCCCCCGAAGCCCCCGGGGCUAGACAGCACCGCUGUCCAGACCUCCUCCUGCCUGUGACGUGGAGACUGUGCAUCCUGCGUCCAUCCCCGUUCCGAGGCCGAGGCCAGCCCCCCUUACCCCCCACCACCCCUGGCUCUGCAGAGCCUUCCCCACAGCCUCACCCCCACACCCAUGCCCCUCCUUCACGUUCCCAGAAGGGGCCAGAUUGCUCUGAAUACGUCUAACCCUGGGCCCCGCGUGCAGCUGUCCGGCCCCCCAGAGCCUUGUGCACACAGCAGGGGGAGGUUAAGUAAGGAGCACCUGUAUCUACAGGGGAGCUCGGAGCCCUUGCCCAGAAAUCCCAGAAGGGCCACAGUCUGCAGCUAAGAAGGCGAGUCUGGCUGGGGUCCGGUCCAGGUGGGCGGGGUAACGGGAGACACAUCGCCGGGAGGGGCGGGGAGCCCCGUACCCCACGUGCUGGCCUUUUGAGCCUUUCGCCACGUCUGGGGGCACCAGGGCGGGUGUGGGUAGCCCCAGGUUAAGGGCUUCCAGCUGGGCAGCCGCACGUCACCAGGUCACCUCCCUGCACCACCAGUGGCAUGUGUCGGGGGGGGGACGCUGAUACGAGGUCUGCUGGACAGAGCUGUCUGAGGACACGGCGCCACCCGGAGGCCACCCAGCGCCUGGACAGGAUUCUCGGGAGCAGGGCUGUGGCGGCCUGUGAAUCUUCUUCCUCCCUUUCUGCCACUGCCCGGGGCCACUAGAAGGGCAGACCCUCAGAACACCAGCCAGACCUCAACGUCCAUCACCUGGCUGGCUCCUUGCAGUGACCCUGAGGCAGCACCAGCUUCCGCCAGGACUGGCACCAACUAGAGGGGUCCUGUGCACCUGUCUGGGGGCCUGGUCCCUGCAGCACGAGCCCCAGCACUGACCACAGACAAGAGUGGACACGUGUACGUGCACGUGCACACACACACACACACACACACACACAACUAUAUCCCUUGUAGAGGUUUCGGGAAGACAGAGCUGGGCAGCUGGGGCCCUGGCAGUGAGAGUCCAGAACUGCCCCUCGCUGUCCUGCCGGGUCCAGCAGAGGCCACUAGAUACUCCGGCACCUUGCGUUGAAGAGAUUCAAAAGGAAAACAAUAGCAAAUGCUAUCACAUCAAAUGUGCAGAUGGGGUGGCCACAAAGAGUUUCUUUCUUGACUUCCAAAUUGCAAAAUUCGUGCUGCCUCCGAUGCGGGGCAGAGGGCUUGGCCGGGUGUGACCACAGCGGGGUGCUAGGGCCGAGGGAAGACCAGAGAAGACACCUUGCCUGUCGUGGGAGAGUCGGGGACGGAGCUCAGGGUCUCGGCAGGGCACCCCACGAAAGGACUGAAGUCAUAUCCUGGGACCUGGGACACACCGCUGUGUCCCCGGACCCCAUAAGGCCCUGAAUAAAGCAUUUACGUUCCCAGGUCUCAUUUAUUUAAAAAAAAAUUUUUUUAAUGUUUUUAUGUAUUUUUGAGGCAGAGAGAGAGCACACGCAGGGGAGGGGCAAAGAGGGGGAGACAUAGAAUCUGAAGCAGACUCCAGGCUUCGCCACUCUGUCCGCAGGGAGCCCGACGCGGGGCUCAAACUCACGAACUGUGAGAUCAUGACCUGAGCCGAAGUCGGACGCCCAACCGACUGAGCCACCCGGGCGCCCCCCAGGUCUCAUUUAAAAAUGAGCGGAGAACUCCUCUUCCAACUGCUCUGGCCUCACGCAAGGAAUAGAGCCCAUUGGAUUAACUCCUCCCCUACUGACCAGAAACAAUCGUUAAUACUGAGGAGCAGUGUGGCCACGGACUUCUUUCCAGCCAACAUACUCACCUUUACACUUUGUGCGUUUAGCUUGGGGUCAGCACGUUGACUCCAUUCGUGUUCUAUUCACUGACCGUGUGCUCUCGGUCCAUCCGCUUGAAUACUCCUUUUGUCGACAUGCGGUCUGCCUUGGACUGUGGCCCAGGAGAAUCAGAAA